CUCACUCACUUCAAUUAGACUAUAACUAAAGUUAAUAAAGUUAAGACGUUAAGCGAGACAUUUAAAAAAAUAAUCUAAAAUACAAAUGGACUAAAUAAAAAAAAUACAAAUAUAAAAAAACACUUUAAAAACCAUGUCUUCAUUAGAAAAUCAAACCGAUUUUCAUAAAACAAACGAAUUACAUACAAAUGUCGAUACAACAUUUUAUGGUUCCACCGAAUUUAUCUUAAUAACCGAUCAUCAAACCUCGAAAUCACGCAGUCGCGAACAAUUAGAUGCGAAUACGCAUGAUAAUGAAAGUUAUUGCCAGUCUUGCGUGAAAAAUAUUUUUCGCAAGAAAACUCUUUAUAAACGUUUGCCCAUUUUAACAUGGCUACCGAAAUAUAAUGCCGCAGAUGCUAUCGGUGAUUUGAUAGCUGGUAUUACGGUCGGUCUUACUGUAAUACCACAGGGUUUAGCUUAUUCAAGUGUUGCCGGUCUUCCCACACAGUUCGGUCUAUAUGGCUCUUUUAUGGGUUGUUUUGUCUACGUCCUACUCGGUACUUGUAAAGAUAGUACAGUGGGUUCUACUGCCAUUGCGUCCCUAUUAACAUAUCAAAUUGCACGUGGUGUUUGGCAAAGAGCUGUCUUAUUGGCAUUUCUCACCGGUAUUCUAGAAAUAUUAAUGGCAAUAUUUCGAUUGGGAUUUUUAGUGGACUUUGUAUCUGGUCCCGUUAGUGCUGGUUUUACAAGUGCUGUUGCACUAAUUGUCUCAACGUCACAAGUGAAGAAUAUAUUGGGUGUGAAAAGUGAAGGUGGUUCAUUUCUGCAACGAUGGAUUAGUAUGAUAAAUGAUAUAGAAAAUAUACGUGUAAAUGAUGCCAUCUUGGGAAGUUGUUGUGUUAUAAUUCUUAUUGUUUUAAGAACAAUUGGACGUAUGAAAAUCGGACCCAAAGAAGCUGAUGAACAGAAAUGGCAUCAUAAAGUGAUCAAUAAAUGUUUGUGGUUUUUGGGUGUUAUGCGCAAUGCUACCUUAGUGAUAGCCUGUGCUUUGGGCAGCAUGUACUUGGAGUCGCAAGGAAAACAUUAUUUCCGUUUAACUGGUAAUGUACCUGAAGGUUUACCCACACCAGCUAUACCACCAUUUUCCAUAGAACCCCGUCCAGGCAAUGCUACCUUGGGUAUUGAGCCUAUUGCAGGAGAAAGCUUUUUGGAUAUGAUUAAUAAUCUGGGUUAUGGUUUGAUAAUUGUACCUAUGAUAGCUUUAUUGGAAAAUAUAUCAGUUUGCAAGGCAUUUGCUAAGGGAAAACCUAUUGAUGCUACUCAAGAACUGUUCGCCAUUGGUGUGGCUAAUGUGGCCAACUCAUUUUUCCAAGGAUAUCGUGGCAAUGGUGGCUUAGCUCGUUCGGCUGUUAAUAAUGCCAGUGGUGUUAGAACUCCUUUGGCUAAUUUGUACAUCGGUUUGGUGGUGAUGUUGGCUUUAAUGUACCUAACAAAAUAUUUCUAUUUUAUACCUCUCACAGUUUUGGGCGCCAUUAUUAUUUCAGCAGUUAUAUUCCAAUUGCAAUAUCAUGUCAUAAAACCAAUGUGGCGUAGUAAAAGAUCUGAUUUAAUACCUGGUAUAGUGGCCUUUAUAGCCUGUCUAGUUUUGCCUUUGGAAAUUGGUAUCUUAAUCGCCAUAGGAAUAAAUUUGUUAUUUAUACUUUAUCAUUCGGCCAGACCUAAAGUGUCUCUAGAAACAAUAGAGACUACGGAGGGCAUUAAGUUCCUUAAACUAACACCAGAUCGUUGCUUAAUCUUUCCCUCAGUUGAAUUUGUUCGCAAUUUAAUCCUCAAAUCCGGUACAAAAACUUCAUUACCUGUCGUUGUCGAUUGUACUUAUGUCUAUGGUGCCGACUAUACAGCUGCCAAAGUUAUUUGUUCCAUGAUUCAAGAUUUUAAGCUACGUAAUCAGAAAAUCAUAUUCUUUAAUUUAAAACCGAGUGUUGUGCAUAUUUUUGAGGGCCUUAAUUGUAAAUUGAGUUUGUGCUAUAAUGUCGAUAGUUUGAUGCAAGAAUUGAGAAAAGCCACUGGUGUAGCACCACCCGCUAUAACGACAAUGCAACUUGCUAAUGAUAAUAAUAGUAUGGCAAGUACUAUAACAUUGACAAAAUUUCAAACAAAUAAUUCUUAGAUCAAUUCAUAUUAAAUAGGUUUUCAAAAACAAAAGUUCAUUUUUAAUAAAUUUUCAUAAUAAAUAAGUUAAA